AGCAACUACAACAACAACAACAAGUCAGCUGGACAACCGAAGAUAAUGUAAAAUCAGCUUACACACAAAAAAAGCAGUAAAAUAUAUAUAUAAAAAAAAAACAAAAUUAACAGCUGCGUCUAUCUAUAGAUAUAUAUACACCAACACACAUCUAUAUAUAUUUGAAUAAGCGUUCGAUUUGAAUCAAAAUUAUAUAGCCCAAGCUAUCAGCUAUCCCCACAAGCUUUGUACUCCACAAAAACGCUAAAGAACUAAAGAAAACCAACUGAAAUCAUACCAUCUACUAUAGAUCUAUAUGCUAUAUGUAAUACACAUAAAUAGGUGCUGAUCCGUGCUCUUGAUUUUAGUGUUUUUUGUGUGUGCGUGCCGCGAGAGGAGCGAAUAAGAAAAACAAAAAAGCAAAAAAAGAAAUCUUUAAAAACAUUUUCUAGUCGCUAGGCUAAAACUAUAUAAACUCCAGCUAACCCAGAUCCGUAACCAGAUAUAGUUAUAUAAACAUAUAACCCCAAAACACGAUGGCCAACGUUGUCAAUAUGAACAGCCUGCUCAACGGCAAGGACUCGCGCUGGCUGCAGUUGGAGGUCUGUCGGGAGUUUCAGCGCAACAAAUGUUCGCGCCAGGACACCGAGUGCAAGUUCGCCCAUCCCCCGGCCAACGUGGAGGUGCAGAACGGCAAGGUCACCGCUUGUUACGACAGCAUCAAGGGCCGCUGUAAUCGUGAUAAACCGCCGUGCAAAUAUUUUCAUCCACCACAGCAUCUGAAGGAUCAGUUAUUGAUAAAUGGACGCAAUCAUCUGGCCCUCAAGAAUGCACUGAUGCAACAGAUGGGAAUCGCGCCCGGCCAGCCGGUCAUAUCGGGCCAAGUGCCAGCAGUGGCCACAAAUCCGUAUCUGACUGGCAUUCCGGCCAACUCGUACAGUCCGUACUACACAACGGGUCACCUGGUGCCCACCUUGCUGGGCCCCGAUCCCACGGCCGUGGCCUCCCAGCUGGGACCCGUGGUGCCCCAGACAGUGCAGGUGGCCCAGCAGAAAAUACCACGUUCCGACAGAUUAGAGGUGUGCCGCGAAUUCCUGCGCGGCGCCUGCAAGCGGGCGGAGUCUGAGUGCCGGUUUGCCCAUCCGCAGGAGAGCGUCGCCAGGCACGACGAUGGCUCCAUCACGGUUUGCAUGGACGCCGUGAAGGGCAGGUGCGCACGCGACCCCUGCCGCUACUUCCAUCCCCCCCUGCACCUACAGGCACAAUUAAAAGCGGCCCAAACACGCGCCACCGCUGUCGCUGCUGCAGCUGCGACCUCACCAGUUACGGCACACCAUCACCAGCAACAACAACAAUUGCAACACCAGCUGAACAACAUCAACAACAGCAACGCUGGCGCAGCAGCAACAUCGACAACAGCAACAACAACCACAAACAACGCCGCUGCCGCUGCCGCCGCCGCUGCUGCAGCCGCUGCCGCCGCUGUCAUGGGCCAUCACACACUGGAAGUGGGCAAGAAGCGGGCGGCGGACACAACCGACAUGUUCCCACUGAUGGAUGUUAAAACGGUUGGUUCAUUUUACUAUGAAAACUUCCAAUUCUCUGGCAUGGUUCCGUUCAAACGUCCAGCUGCCGAAAAGUCUGGCAUUCCAGUUUAUCAGCCCGGUGCGACCGCCUAUCAGCAGUUAAUGCAGCCCUAUGUGCCAGUCUCAUGUGAGUAUCCCCAACAACAACAACAACCACAACAACAACAACAACAACUACAUCAACAACAACUACUACAACAACAACUACUACAAUUAAGUAGCGCCAUAACAACAACAACUACAACAGCAACAGCCAGUAAUAAUAUGAUUAAUAAUAUUAAUAAUAAAAGUACCAUAAACGCUGUAAUUGCUAAUAAUACCAAUAUAAUACCAUUAUCAUCAUCGACAACAACAACAGCAACAACAUCAGCAUUAUCAUCUGCUAUAGCAAGUACUAAUAACAAUGAGAGUGAUCCGGAUCACGAUCAAGAUAACCACCAAGAUGAUGGCGAUCAGAAUACCGAUCAGGCAGGUCCUGUGGCUACUUCCGCCCCUGUCGAUGAUGGUGAGGCCAGCGAUAAUGCAGAUCGCAGCGAUGCCAUUAAUCCAGACAGUGACCAGAAUCAGAAUCAGAAUUCGAAUCCAAGUCCCCCAAUAACUGAUUGUAAUGAAACAACACGAACAAUCACACCAAUAACCACAGACACGGCAACAGUAGCAUCAGCAGCAGCAGCAGCAGCAGGUGCAGCUCAAGACACUAGUGUUCCUGCCGCCUCGGUCACGCCACCGAAUGAGGCAACAUCGCCACAUCCCAAUUCGGAGGCAUCCUCCUCCGUCCCAACUGCCGAUAGCCUUCUGCCUUUGCCCAAUGGCGAAAAUAACAAUUACUUGUCCUAUAUCAAUAACAAUCUGACCAAUGGCCAGCUCAAGUCGGCAUAUUCCGACGAGGCUAAUGGCGAUGCAGACAGCAUCAGCAGCAGCAGCAACCCGGCAGCAGCACCCAGUCGGGGUUAUAGCAAGCACAAUGGGGAGACCUCAUACCAGCGCUACUCGGUGAAUGGUCAUAGCACCGGCAUUCUGCCCACACCCACCACCUCUGCUCCGGCAGUGUCUUACCAAAACCAGGCCCAGAUUCAGGCUCAGGCGCAGGCCCAGGCUCAGGUUCAAGCUCAGGCUCAGGCACAAGCUCAGGCUCAGGCUCAAGCACAGGCUCAGGCCAACAUGCAGCGUAUCAACUACGCUUAUAGCUAUGGCAACUUGUAUAACCCUUAUGGCGGGGUCACCUCCUCCAUGGUAAGCCUCACCAGCUCCAGUCCCUCCUACGCCCAGGCACAGAUGCAACAGCAGCAGCAGCAGCAAGCGCAGCAGCAGCAACAAGUGCAGGCUCAAGUCCAGGCCCAGGCUCAGGCCGCCUAUGCCCAACAGGCCUAUGCAGCCUAUGCUGCGGCUGCGGGACUAGCUCCCCAAGCCACUGCUGGUGCCAGUGGCUACUAUACCGAUCCCGCUGCCUUGGCCAAGGAAGUGGCCCAAAAGAACUACGCCCUCAAGGUGGCCAGUGCGGCUUCUAAGCCGGGUGCCUCCUCCGCGGCGGCUGCCUACACGGGAUUGACCCUGAACAAGAGCUAUGUGGCCGCUGCAGCGGGCCCGCAGCCAGUUCAAGCUCCUCAGCAGCAGGCAGUGUCCAUGGCUACCCUUAUGCAAAUGCAGGCUCAGGCCCAAGCCCAAGCUCAAGCCCAGGCCCAAGCCCAAGCUCAGUUGCGUCAAAUGACCAGCUCUGGACUGUCGACUCCGGUUCCUGGAACUCCCGUUCGUUCACCAGCCGCUGGGGCCACUUCAGUGAGUCAGUAUCAGUCUGCUGCCCUGCUGCGGGCACCCUCGUCCUUGCCAUAUGCUCAGGCCCAGAGCUACUUCUAUCCGGGAAUGAUGCCCACAGCGGCCUAUGCCAUGCCACCGACUCAAGCUGCUGCAGCGCAGCAAUAUGCAGCAGCUGCAGCGGCCGCAGCAGCAGCAGCCGCCCAAGGAGGCAGUCAAGGCAGUGCCAUGGUCCUGAAUCCCUACAAGAAGAUGAAGACCUCCUAGGAAGCAACCUGGUAGGAUAGGCACACACUAAAAUUGUACUUAAGACCCCAAAACCAUCCAGAGAUGGAAAAGUCACACUUAAUUAGAUUCAUUAGAGUUUAACAAAUCGAAGAAGACGUAAGAUUAUGUGCCUCAGUUUUUCUCGGAAAGGGUAUAGUUUCUACUAUAAAACCACAACGGAGAAAAGUGUUUUUAGACCUUAGUUGUACCAUAGGCCUCAUAGCGUUAGGAACGUACGAAACCAACCAUGACACGAUAACUCUGGGAUCGAAGAUCCCUGCAAGUCUCUAACAAAUACUAACCACAAAUGCCCCAAACUUGCUGACGAAACGAUAAUUGAUGAUAGUUUUUUGCCAUUAAGUUAUUCGACAAACGAAACAUAACCUCACUGUGACUCAAAAGUGUUGCCAUUUUCGCACGAGAAACGAAACGAGAAAAACGAAGCUUUCAAAGCGCACGCGAAGGGAGGAGAAACAGAUGUUAGCUGAUAGUACUACUUAAGUUCCUUUUUUCGGAUAGCACUUAGUCAACUCUAGUUUAUAGCAAUCGAUGAAUUAUAGACGAGGGCGGGAAAAGCGGGAGCCGAAGGACACAACGAAGAACUGUGAUAGGGAAUAAGCUUUUUGCGAACGAAAGGAUGAUGCUGGGUACAGUUGUGUAUGCUAGUUUGCUGCCUGCAUAUGCUUGUCUGCCAUAUUGCCGUCCCUGUUCCCCGAAACUUGCGGUAGUCCGCAUAGCCGUCUCUCUCUCGCUCCCGCUCAUCAUCCAUUUUUCCGCGCCUCUCUAUCUCUCUCUUUGUAUAACUCUAUCGCUGUCUCUGUUUCCUAAAACUAGCUAGCUAGCUAGCGUGAAUGCUGUUGUAAUUGUUUAAAAAAUUGUUGAGCAACGAGAAAUGCGUAACGAAUAUUGUCUAGUUUAUAUAGAAUACUUAUACGAUAUACAUAUAUACAUAUAUAUACCUAGCUGUACGUGCUGUAUGCUGCUACCCCAUAAACGAUAUACGAUAUAUACACACCCACCCACCCACACACACACACACUAUGUACUCUAACACACGCUCAUCCACCACACGCUCAGCCUCCAGAGAAAAGGCAUAAACAUGACCAGGAUCGAUCUGUAAAUCGUAUGUCUAGCUUACUAAUCAGAUAUUACAGUACAGUCACCGCUCACGAUCACGUCUCUCUAUCCGUUUCACUCUAACACACUCAAGACACCCGAACACCCAACACCCGAACACCCAUACACCUUUUCAGACUGUUAAGCCAGCUAAAUUGAUUUAUGUUAAUCUUUUGUUGUCUCGAGAUUUGACCAGAACUAUGUAAAACCUUUUGAUUUCUAACGACUCUCUCUGUCUAUAUCUAUCUAUCAACCCUCUGUCGAUCUUCAUCUGUCACCCAAAUCUUUCCCGCCUAUCCACCCCUUUAAUGUAUUAUAAAUUGUUUCCUUUUUGUAACCGAAAUGUUAAGCAAAGAAUAAAAUCAUUGACAAGCAGAACUAAGUUUUUAAUGUUAGAUCUCGUGUGAUUAUCAUCCGUUUUCCUUACGUUCUUUUCUAUGUAUUUCUUACGUUGAUAUUUAUAUACUUAUAUAUAUGUUUUAUGUACUUAUACGCCAAGUUUUUAGCGUAGUUUAUUAUAUAAUUUUUGGACGUGUGUUCCCCAUUUUAAAUGAUAUAUAAUAGCGAACGAAGCAACCGGAGAUAAAAUUAUGCCACUGACUUGCGCACCCUAAGUUUUAGAGUCCCCCCCUGCCCGCCUACCCGCCUACACCCCCCGCACCCGCAAAAAAAACCUCCAUAUCCGAGAACAUCCUAUACAUCAUACAUUACUAUUCGAUAUAUACGAUAAUCUCUGUAAAAUUGUUUUUAAUUAAAGUACUUCUAAUGUCUUACAACGAUUUGAUGUUUGCCACUAAUUCUUAUCCUAAUUCUAAUCCUAAUUCUAGUUUAGUUUCGAUAGUUUUUAUUAAUGUUUUAUUUGAAAUACCGUGUGUUUAUCUAAAUAUAUAGUUUACGAACAAACAAAUAUAUAUAUCUUAUUGUGUGUUGGUAUUUUACUUUAUUUGAUUUACUUAUUUCGGUAUCCACUUGAUAAUCGUUUUCUGUUGUGCCGCUUUCACAUCUCACUCCCGAUCUAAAUGUACACUCCCUUGAUAUCUAGACAUAUCAGAUCCCGAUCCGCCGAACACCAGCAUUGCCGAGCGCUUUUGGGCAGAGCACAACACACUAUCUCUAAAACUCUCUUGAUCCCUGAACCCUCGAAUCUAAUUAUUUGACUCAUUUGCGCCCCAGCCCCGCUAUCUCUCUCACAUCCACACGGAAACACUCACAUAAUCGUAGGACUGCCUGACUUAUACUAUAUAUACUAUAUAUCCCCCAAUCCGCUUCCCUCACUUGCUUCUUCCCAGAAGGGGUAUCGGAUCCCUCUCCCAAAAACUAGCGCCAUCUCAUCCUAUAUAUGUUUUAGCUCUUAGAAUAUAAUGGCAAGCAAAAUGAGUACGCUAACGGUAGAGAAUUAGAUGUAAAAUCCUGAAUAUACUAUUUACCUAAACAUAAACCUACUAUAUACGCCUAUGGCCAGCUAAUGCUUGGCUUACUCUAUAUACUCGAUAAGAAGAUGCUUACUAAACGUGCAGCGUUUGACUGCGGCAAACGAAUAUAAUAUUGAAUCAACAUAUUUAAGCUAAUCCAGAUAAAAGUAUACCUACUAUAUCCAUCAUACAUAUAUCUCAAUGUCUUGCCUAAAAGUAUGUGUCGUAUGGUUAAUUUUUUCGUUAACAAAUGUAGAACUGUUGCCGUUGGCCAUAAUUUUCAGCAAACGAAAACUCUGCGAAAAUGUUUAGAAAACGCUCUCGAACUAACUAAGAACUAAAGCAAACAAAAAAACCAAGAAAAAUAAAAACCAAAACACUCACCACUGCAUGGCGCCAAGAUAUAACCAACUUGCAUAUUUCCGAUCUAAGAGCUCAUAUCUUUUAUUCCGCUUCUUUUCCAACUUUGCAAUGCACCAGAAAAACACAGCAACAAACAGACAGAUCAGAACAAAAUGUUAACAAAACAAUGGAAUAAUAUAGCAAUGGAUUGUCAGUUGACAUCCUAGGAUAACAUUGAUGAUGAGUUAGGCUGAUUUUCAAUAUACCAAAUAAGAUGAAAAACAAAGAAAGAGUUAAUAUACAUAUACGAAACCACUUAGAGAACCACACUCGAUUCCAACAUUUAUCCAAGUGGGUCUCGAGCCUUCUUCAAGAUAGAUAGAAGUACAGUACCGUCCAAUAGAAGUCUUAGUUUAGUGGAAUCCACCUAGUUGCCUCCUUUUGAUUUGUAGCCUUCAACCGGAAUUCAAAUCACACACAACCGUUACACGCGUUACACUGAGAAAAAAGGAAAUAUAGACCGAAGCCGGCUCUCAUUUGCUAUCACUCUCCCAUCGACGAACAGUGAGCGAAAAAAGUAUGGCAAUUCGAUUGCAUGUCAAAGAUGAGAAUAACAGAGCAAGCUAAGAAACAUUGAAGAAGGAAUUAUUCAUAACAUUUAAAUAUAUGCAUAUUUAUGCCGAAGAACACACACAAAAACACACAUCUAAACACAAGCAAAAACACUAAUGAAUAUGUUAUAUCUGUGCUAACAUUAGUCGUAUUAUUAUUAUUAUAAAGACAAACAAAUUAUAUUGAAAUUAUAUUAUAUACGUUUUAUUGUAAAAACCGUAAAACAAGUUGUUGGCUUCUUUACUCGAACCUUGGAAAGUGAUCGAACCAAAACUAACAUUCUCUCUUUCUCACCCACUACUAAUCCAUAAACAACAGUUUGCUGUGCGUUGUCUCUUUCUAUCUCUCUCUCUCUCUCUCUCUAUUUGUUGGCUGUUUCGAUUAACGAUUAAUGAUUAUUUCGAUUUGUGUUUAGUUUGGUGUAUUUAUGAUUUUACGUCUCAGUUGGUAUACUCAUUUUGCUAAGAUUUAUGUUAAGUCAAGCUUACUCGAUUUCGAUAUCGAUAUUUUUUCUUAAGCGCUUCUUUUAUUAACGAACCUCGGUGAUAACUGUCUAGGCGUACGUAAAACUCAAUGUGCUCUCUGCUCGACUAAAAGAAAAGCCCUUUUGAUUUCCUCACACACACCCACCCGACACACUCACACACACCGUACACCUGAUUUUCUUUGGUAGAACUCUCGAUACACACCUGGCUUGCUGGAUGAUCCAGAUAAAUAUUACCUAUUGUUUGACUAAAGCUGUUCUUGUGUAUGGAAUUUAAUAAUAUAUAUUACAUAUAUGUCAAUAUCCAAUAUACUCACUAGAGUUAAGCGCUUUUUGUAAUGUUAUCAAGGAAAAUGCUUCGAAUCAUUUUUAGUUUCUGCCAAACAUUUUGCUCUAUUUUAAUCUAAGACUCUCUUUUUCAAGCAAGCAACUUUGUAUCUCUAUCUUCUAGAUGUAACUCUCACAGGCUCAAGAUUUUCUGACUUACUUAAACUCUACCCCUAGCAUGAUAUCUUAAAAACCUACAAAAGAUCUUCACACAACUUGAAGCUUUUCUUUGAGUUCAUUACAAAAAGCGUUUAGAGCGCUGCCAAAGAAACAGUAACAAUGCCGUCGUCUCCUUCGAGCAUACUCUACCUACCUUACUCUUACUCCUUUGCCCGUCGAAAGCGCUCGUCUUUCUCUAAAAAUCGGAAAACUUAUCGGGGGAAGUACGCUUGAGGACGUAUAUCGGGGAGAAAUGUCCGGUACGGCAAUAAAUAUCGAUAAUCCCAAAUUACCAUUGAACAAUUCCUUACAAAAUAUCGAUAUAUGAUCAAAAAUGUUUUCCAACUCGAAAUCGAUACAUAUCGAUAUUUACUGCCUUACCUUAGAACCUUCUGCUGUUCGACCUGAAUUCAUGUAAUUACUUUGAUUUUACCUUCAUUUAGUUGGACUUUCUUGCGUUUUCCGUUGAUUUUCCUAUCGUUGUACAUGAUUUUAUCUUUGAGAUUCUUUCGAUUGGACCGUAAUUUGUAAUUUUUCAGCAUGUGCUCAAUGAAACAGAAACUUUUUGUAGCAAGUAUUCCGAUAUGACUAUUGAGUAUGAAAUAUCACGCAGUGACGUUGCAAGUGGCUGUCUCUUUCUACCCUCUAUAUAUACGUAUCUCUCUCGCAAUCGCUCUCGCUCGCUGUCGAGACCGGUAUUACUACUACUACUACUCGUACAUUGCGUUUGUUCACAUACAACAUACUCGUAUAUAACUCGUGUAUGGCUUCUGAGGCAUGAUAUGGUAUGAUGGUAAAGCUAUAUGAAAGCACUUCUAAGGUAAGCUGGUGCACCGCCCCCCCAAAAAAAUAUGGAAAAAAAACCAAGCUUUUGUUUACUCCCCUCCAAAAUAAUGGUAUUCUUAUGAUACGAUAUACGAUAACUGAUACCUUGCUAUAUAGAUGCUAAGUAUGUCACCAUUUUCUUUAUUUUUCUUCGUCGUAGAAAUGUUUGUCCUUUACCAGCUUCGAUCGACUGAGCUAAGGAAGAUCGGAGACAAGAAUUUGUGAAAAUGAAAUCAUUUUAAUUAUAAUUUUAAAUGUCAAGCUUAAAAAAUCGUGGCAAAUUAAAGUUCCUGCUCGAUCCUAUAUCCGAUCUGCUUAGCUCACCGAUCUACACAUACAUUAUACAAUACACUUGUUGGCCAGAAAAUGUUAUUAACAUGUGACUUCUGUUUUUGUUUCUUUUCAAACCAACUUUUUUCUUUCUUUUUCGUAACAGCUGGAUAUCAGAAAAGAUCCGCAAAAUGUAAAAUGUUUGGUCGUUGAAACAUAAAGGAGACUGGUGUCUCCGCCCACACACACAAUAUUUAACCAACAUGCACACACCACACAUCACAACACACACACUCACAUUUAUAUAAACACACCCACAUUUAGUUAGCCAAAGUUUAGUAGUUGCGAGAGAAGCUUUUUUAGGUGAAGUUGCUUUUGAAGUCACCGCGCGAAUCGCUUGAGAACGAGAACAUCUAGUGCCAAAUAGAAAUACUGCUUCCAGCGCUGGAGAAUCCAGAAGCUAUAUAGUCCAGAACCACACACACACCACACACCAAAAAAAAAAAAAAAAAAACACCCAAACACACAACAAGGCAAACUGGUAAACCCAAAGAUCUUAGUGAAAGUUUUCUUGCGUUUCUUUCCCCUUUUGAAAAUUUAUCUACGCCACUGCCGCCUGCCCCCCUACAUGUAUUUUUCUACCAUAUAUUUGAUUGACUUUUGCAGGCUUGUUUGUGUAUAUGUAUGUAGUAAGUAUUUGCCUUUGUUUCUGUGUGAUGAUGAUGAUGAUGAUGAUGUCCUGUGAGGAGCGAUUGUCCCUGCUUGAUAACCGAACCGAGCUUACCCUUGCCCUCUGACUUAUUUUCCUCUCAUUUCCAGCAUUUACGGCUGCCGCAGUAACAAGUUUGAAAUGCGCUUCGAAAUGCAAUUACUAUAUACUAUAUACUAUAUAUAGCUGCUGCGUUUUAAUUUGUUUAUUAAUUUGUUUACUCAUCGUUUAUGUUUUUUUCUUUCUGCUUUUUUCAGUUUCCGCUUGCCAUUGGCUUAAGCCUGCGCUUGAAUGCUGUUUAUAUAUAUUUUUAUUUUCGUUAAAACCUUAAUCCCCGUUUAUUUGCAGCGCCGACUAACCCACCAAAAUCCCCAAACCGAAACCCGAAACCCGACAAAGUAUGCUACAGUUUUAUAAUUUGCUAAUUUGCCUGCCGCGCUGCCGCCGCCAUCGAGCUUAUAAAACCCCGAAAAACCCCCCGAAAACCCCAGACCGAACCGAACUGAACCCGACUAAUCUACGAUAGUUUUAAGUGCGUUUUGCUUUUUUGCAUAUGCGAACAACAGCAAAGCCGGCUGGAAAAAAAGUAAACUUUUCCGCCAGCAACAAGUUAAUUACACAACCGGCCAAAAGGGGCCUGGAUGCGGGGUACUGAAAGCCGUAAUUACAACACGAAAACAUUGUUAUUUUAAUGGGGGAGGCGUGGUGUCACACAUUUACAUUUAUUAACUCGUGUCCUUUGGGGCCCAGGAGGCGCCCAAACUUUUAUUUCCUGCUCAAACCUUUGCCGCUGUUUGGCGCUCUUUUUUUGUUGUCCGAGGCUUUUUCAACUCUAUUUGCAUAAUUCGAAAUCAAGGCGAAAAUUACGGACAGUCAACGAGGUGGAAAGUUGGUUUUGGUACACAAAAAAGUUUGUUUUUCGCAUAUGCAGCUUACGCUUAACUUUUAAGUCUCUCUUUCUCUGUCUUUUUUACUGCAAACUAAUUAAUUUUCAUUUAUCUUCAGUGGAUUUUAACGAAUAAAAAUAAUUAUUUCUUCCAAUUUUUCUACCUUUUUUUCCACAUGCUAACACACACAUGCGCAAAAAAAUCAACAAUAAUCUAUGAAAUAAUAUUUAAAACAUGAAAACAAUGUUCUCUCACCAUAUUUGCAUGCAAUAUAUAUAUUUAUAUAUAUUUAAUUUAUGAAUAACAACAAUCACGCACGGAUUUGGAUCGAAAAACAAACGCUGCAUGGAAAACCAACAAAAACCGAAAUUAAAACGAUUAUGCAUAUAUAUAUUUUUCAUUCUUAUCACCCAAACCACACGCUCACACUAUACACCAUAUUCAUGUAUAUUUUUUCUGUACAAAUAUUGCAUGAUUUUGUUGGCUUUUUUCGGCCGCGAUUAGCGAGUCCGAAAAUUCCCCUGAACGCCUCCUGUGUCAUCUACACGGACGCCAGCGGUCAGGUACAGUCUGCCCUGCCUAACCGCGCUCUGUCCCGCAUGGCCUGCCUCCCUAUAUAGUAUAUAUGCUAAGUUUUAUUUAUUUUUAACCCUUGACUGGAAAUAAAACACAACCUAGCAGCAGCAAGUACUCGUAAAGGUGGGUGGGAGUCCCCGUGGCCCAUUUCAGUUAAUCAAAUUAAAUGCCUGGCCGCUCCUCAGACUCAGCUCAGCUCUGGAAUCGGCAGCGAGCAAACAGGCAAAUAAACAAACAAACUGGGCCAAAGGCGUGGCCGAGACGGUGAUGUCAGGAGGAGCGGAGCUCUGAGCCGUGAGACAUGAGACAUGAGAGCUGGACACACCUCGGGGUGUCAUAGCUGUUAGCAGUUGUUUGUUUACCACACACACACACACAAAUACACCUCAUUGCCACAACGACCAGAACAGCCACCCACCACCCACACCUAAACCGAACUCUAGAGGUGUUACUUUAUAUAUAAACUCUGUGUAUUCUCUCUAUACAUAUAUAUAUAUUUCGAUAUCGUGUAGCCCAACCGGAGCGGGGUCUCCUGUACACUCAGUGUCCGAUGCUAGUGAACGGCACCUUUUACAUAAUUAGGUAAUUAGGACAUUCCCACUCUUAAUCCUCGAUAAUAAUUCCCCGGCGAAGCUUCCAACGCCGAUCUUUUGUGUGCUUAGCUUUUGCCCUGGCUUCCAGCUUUUCGUGUGCUUCAGUUUAGCGAGAUACUAUAUAUACCUAGCAAGGAACUUUGAGUUCGGCUUUUCGGCAGCUUUUGAUUUUCCCCCCUCUUUCGUUGCCGCACCGAAACUAGGCCCGAUCUGACGAUGGUAAAAAGUAUUAACCCCACUUUUACGAUCUCUCUUUCUCCUCUCUCUCUCUUUCUCUUCUCUUUUCUUAUAUUUCUAGUGCCGCCUAUUAGGAUAUGUAAUUGUUACCGCCUAGUACAGCCCCAAUAGAACCUAAGAAAAAGCAAUCAGAUCGAUCAGAUCAGAGAGAUCAGAGAUCAUUUUUGAGUUGAGUUCCUUAGCCCACAUGCACACACAGAGAUACGAGUGAGUCCAUACCCAGAUAGCCACAGCUGGCUCCUUCAGGCGCUUCGCUUCCGAAGCUUUCUUUUUGUUAGCUUUCUUGGCCCAGAUUCUUCAGUUUGAGUUUCAGAGCGAAUACUUGCUGCUUUAGCGGAGUGUUUUAUUUCGUGGCAAUCUUUAUAAACUUUAUUUCUAAGCUAACGUUUGAGUUCCCCCACACCAAACACACACACACACACACAUGCGAUAUAUAUGAUGUAUGUAUAUCCCCCAAACCAGAUCCCCUCAAGAUCAAGACAAAGACAGAGAUUCUUAUUGUUUUGCCAUAUCUUAUGAUUUCCACUCUGCCGCCUUGUUUUAGACCAUUUAAGUCAAGGAGAAAACUACUUAGCUUAACAUACGAGUAUCUAUAUAUUUUAAAUGUAUCAUGUGAAACAACCGAUAAGAAGACAUACCCACUACCUAUACCAACAUAUAUCUCUAGUUAGCUCUAUUAACUACGACUAACAUCUGGAACUCCACCAACCAACAUCAAGCAAUUGUAAAACCGAAACCGUAUUUAUUCUAACCAACCAUUAACCAUUCUAGUGAACCAUUUCGAUACUAUAAGAGAUAUAACUAAUUUGUGCUCUUUUUCUUUUCUUUUUUCUGCUCUUCUCUUUUUUUCGAAACUGAAAACCGAUGAAAUAUAUAUAUAUUAAAAAAUAUAUAUCGAAAAAUACCAACUCCCCCGAAUAUCAAACACAAAAACCUACAUACUCUUUAUGAUUUCCUGAAUUGGUUUCCGUUUGCAUCCCGCCAUAUCCAAAAAAAAACCGAAAACACACACGACAACAAACAAAAAACUCUCAU